AUGACGGCAGGAGAGAUGUCGGCCUGCCACCGAGUCCUCGCCAUACCGGAGCUACUCGAGAUGAUACUGCUCGGUCUACCAUCCAAAGAUAUCCUGCUCGCACAGAGAAUCGGUACCACUUUCAAGUACACUAUCACGACAUCAAUCCACCUUCAACGAGCCCUCUUCCAGAACCCAUCACGAUCAGGAUCUACCACUGAACGCAACCAAGACAUCAAAGCCAACAACCUGGUACCCCAGUCCGUACGGUACGCCUCUUACAGCUUCGACGUUCCAGGUCUCGAUGGCUGUAUCUUCUCUCCCUCCGUAUACAGCAGCUGUCUAUCCAUCUACGGCAUCAACACCAACACCAACACCAUGUCAACCCUCGAGACAUUCCUCAACACCAGCCCAGCUUCCUGGCUCGACAUGUACCUCCAGACCCCCGCAGUAAGCACCAGCAUCUGCAUGAGCAACUGCAGCGACUCGAUCCCAGCGGGCAAGCAUUGGGCCUUUGUCGCAGGGACUGUAGAUCGUGCGACUAUUCGAGAGUUGCUCACGGCGGCUGUUUGUCUUCACAGGGCUGCUGAGGAGCAUGAGAAGUUGCAUAUGCGGAGGGAUGAUUUGGAGACGUAUGCUGGAGAUGAUUCGCAAAGGGUGAAGCUGGAGGUGGAGUGCAGAAAGGUUGUGUAUGGCAAGCAGGUUGAUCUUGUGAUUGAAUGGCCUUCGGUUGAGUUCGACUGCUAUGGUGGUGGUUUGGAGGAGGAGUAG